AAAGUGGAAGGGACCCAGCAAGAAAAACAAUGUAGUGAAAUAAAGGGGUUUGAGAGAUUAAAAAAACAGGGAAUCUACGAAAUUUGCUGCUGCUAAGGUGGGUGCAGUUCUCCUAGGAACAUAUCCAAUUCAAAAGGAGAGAAGGAUGAGCGCAAAGGAGUCAGUCAAUGAGACCCUGCCAAGUACAGGUGUCCCUGAAUUACUCAACGCAACCACUGAGCUGGCUCUCUUGAGCUCAGAGCCAACCGAGCAGAACCUGGAUUCCUUGCCUAUCAUCAUUGCCCUCAUCUGUAUUUUUCUCCUCCUGACCAUCGGUCUCCUUUUUGUCACUUUAUGCAAACCGGCAGCACUCGAUCCAUCUGUCCACAGACCACACGAAUGCAUGCCUUACCAUUUUGAAGAUGCCACUGAACCACAACUUAAGCUCUGGAAACGUCUGGGUUCCUUAAGACAAUCCAUUUGCAGUGUAAAGCGUGGACGGCCCGUUUCCCACAGACAUGAAACUUGGUCAAGAAAAGGGCCUAUUAACCAGGACUGGAGUAUCAUGGAAUCUACUGCCAUGUGAAUGAACCUCCUGUGGAAAAAAUCAUUCUUUCUUGACAGGCCUUCUCAAACUGCUUGUAAUGUCAUCUAACCUACAACUUUUUGGAAAAUCACCAUUUGGCAAGGAUAGAAGUAAGCAGAAAUCAGCACACCUUCACAUACCUCCACUGGUGUUUUGGGAGUUGAAGUCCACAGGUCUUAAAAUUGCCAAGGUUGGACACCCCGGUGUAGACUUUCAUGCAUCUGAGCAUAUGCAGUGAGAUCACCAUGGAAGGCCCAUCCCACAGCUGAAUCACAAUUGUUGUUGUUAGUUGCGGAGUCAUGUCC